UCACUCCACUUUUUCGCUAAACCUUAGCUUAUUGUAACUACCAGUCCCUUGUGGAUCUAACAUUUCAAUAACUUGGUAACGUUAUUUUGCAGGUAAAAUUUCAUAGUUCUGUUCGUGGAAAGAACUGAGAUUCAGAUAUGAGUAAGCUUCAGAGUGAUGCCCUUCGAGAAGCUAUUUCAGCAAUUGUAGCUCAGUCCAAGGAGAAACAACGCAAGUUUACUGAGACUAUUGAACUCCAGAUUGGUCUGAAAAACUAUGAUCCCCAAAAGGACAAGCGUUUCAGUGGAUCUGUGAAGCUGCCACACAUUCCACGACCUAAGAUGAAGAUUUGCAUGCUUGGCGAUGCUCAACACGUUGAAGAGGCUGAGAAGAUUGGUUUGGAUUAUAUGGAUGUAGAAGCAUUGAAGAAACUAAACAAGAAUAAGAAACUAGUGAAGAAGCUUGCCAAGAAGUAUCAUGCCUUUUUGGCUUCUGAAUCUGUCAUCAAGCAAAUUCCUCGUCUUUUGGGUCCCGGUCUCAACAAAGCAGGGAAAUUCCCAACCCUUGUCACUCACCAGGAAUCCCUAGAGUCCAAGGUGAAUGAGACCAAGGCAAUGGUUAAGUUCCAGCUGAAAAAGGUUCUUUGCAUGGGUGUUGCGGUUGGAAAUGUAGCUAUGGAUGAGAAGCAGAUAUUCCAAAAUGUGCAAAUGAGUGUCAAUUUCCUUGUUUCUUUAUUGAAGAAAAACUGGCAGAAUGUGAGGUGCCUCUACCUGAAGAGCUCCAUGGGCCCUUCAAACAGAAUCUUUUGAGUUGCUUCUGCUAUGUACGGAGUGAAAGUAGUGGGAUUAAAUUAAUCAGUGUUUUUUUGUUAUACUCGGAAUGUUAAACUUAAUGUUUUAUUUUGUUGUUGGUAUCCCUAGAAAUGUUAAGAAUUUGAGACAUUUGAAGUGUUGAUUUGCC